ACCAGUCUCUGAUUUACAAUCUCCAUUUCUGAUAAUUCCUCUACUUAUAUUCAGAACUCAAAGCAAUGUUUCUGAGACAAGCUUCAGCUUUUUCUCUCCCUGGCUCCUCUAACUUAUCGUCUUCUAGGCUCUCUGCUCCUUUUUCCUCUUCUUCUUCUGUUCUGCCCUUUGUGCACAGAAAGUAUGGACAUGGGUUCAUGGUAUCUGUCUCUACAGAGCUCAAUAACUCGCCACUAACAGGCGUAGUUUUCCAGCCAUUUGCAGAAGUUAACAAGGACGCUCUUCCUGUUCCAAUCUCCCUCAGAUUUCGCUUGCUCGCCAGAAAUUUUCAGACGAGUGUGAAGCAGCAAUCAACGAGCAGAUCAAUGUGGAAUACAAUGUCUCGUAUGUGUACCACUCCCUGUUUGCAUACUUCGAUAGGGACGAUGUUGCUCUGGAAGGGCUUGCCAAAUUUUUCAAGGAGUCUAGUGAAGAAGAAAGACAACACGCAGAAAAAUUGA